AUGGUUAAAGGAAAUAUGCAUAGUUCUGUGAAUAUUGUUAGUACUGGAACCGUUCUGCAGGAUAACCAUUCUCACAUUAAUAAAAAGAUAUGCUCCCAUUGUGAUAAACCUAUUAAUAUCGAUAAGACCAAUCGAAAACCGGCACUUAAGGCUCUCGGCAAAUAUUUCCAUGAGGAAUGUUUUGUUUGUCACGAUUGCUCAAGACCGUUAAGGCCCAAAUACUUCCCCUUCGAUCAUCAACACAAUGGUAAUGUCGAAACCUUAUUGCUUUGUCAGUAUGACUAUUUUAAGAGAAAUGGUCUCCUCUGCCAUGUCUGUGAUGAGCCUUUGCGAGGACUAUAUUUUACAGCGUUUGGGAAUAGAUAUGAUGAAGAACAUUUUUCGUGUACCAUCUGUAAGACACCAUGCGGAGUAAAAAAGUGUUUUAUCCAUGAUGACCAGCUAUAUUGUCGAUUUCAUUUCAUGAAGUACUUUUCCAAAAGAUGCAUAGGUUGUAAAUUUCCUAUAUCAGAUCAGUAUAUUGAAUUCCCAAAAGGCGACCAGGUUUUAUGUUGGCACCCUGAAUGUUACGGUAUUCACAAAUACUGGCAUGUAGAUUUAUCAUCCGAUACACUAAACCUACCUGAAAUACCAAAAUUAGAAUUUAAUCCUACCAUUUCUACCGAAAGCAAUUAUAGUGAACAGGCUUCUAACCUAGAUAAACAGAUGCAGGCAUUUUCGUUUAUCCUAAAUAAGACAUGGUCGAUACUGUAUAGAUUUGAAGAGGAGGCUGCGUCAUGCAUAUCUGACAUGUUCCAAUCAUUAACAAUAUCUGAUCAAAAGAAGGGUGUAGAAGCGACUGCCUUACUAGUUCUUAAGACAGGGUGCUUAUUUAAAGGACUUGAUAGUUUAAACAUAUUCCAAAUAGAUACUCAACAGAAAGAUCUACCCCAUACACUGCCCAGUUACAGAGAGUCACCUGAUUUUAAACCAAAUUACUUGAAACUUCCAAAAAACUUAUCAAAGAAGCUUAUGAUAUACUUACAAUUUCUCCGUAAACUGAAUCAAGAUGACAAAAAAAGUUCAUUGAAUAUAUCAUUAUGCAUGUCUACAAUAACUGGACUUGCGCAAUAUUUGAAGUUACUGACCAGAUAUGGUCUCCAUAUUGCCUUAGAAAGAAAUAGAUAUCUAAAAACUGUUAACCCGUUAAUGAAGUUUCUCAAAGAAGUUGAGAAAAAUGAAAUUUUUGAUAGUGAUCCAUUUCGUUACAUUAAUAUCCCAAUUAAUACCAAUGAUAAUUGUGUUAGGUGUCAGACGUACAUACAGGAUGAGUGUAUUCAGUUCAAUGAAUACAGAUGGCAUCUCAAAUGUUUUAGCUGUAAUAUUUGCUCAGAAUCUAUCAAACCUAGUGAUGUUACAGAUGCAACUUUUAACAAGGAAAAAAUGUUUAUAUUAUGUUCACGGUGUUCUGUUGAUGAUGAAGUAUCUGUACCAGGAUUCAAAUAUGUCACAAACUUAAGCCAAUUGAUUUUUCUUCUAAAAAUUGCCUUGGUUAAAACAAAGACAGUGAUGGAUUUACAAAAUAAGGAUAAUAAAGUAGCAAACAUAUAUGAAAAUGGUAAUGUACCAUCGAAAUUUUCCAUGGAGCAAACCUAUAUUAGGACAUUAAAUGAUGUAAAAAGGCUGAAAUCAAGAAGGGAGAGUAUACGUGUUUCCAACGAAAAGAAGGAAGCUCGCAAGUCUGUUGUAUUAGAGAUACCUGAAACUGAACUAGGUUCAGGAAAACGGGAAGAUAAAAAUUUAAUUAUUAAAACUGAUACUCCAACUGAAAAUAGUGGCCGAGAUGAGCAACUAUUUGGUAAUAAUAAAACGUUGACACUAGAUGAUAUUUCAAGAAUCGUUGCUGCAGAACAAGCUCGUGAAUUGCGUCCAAAUGCAUUUACUCACUUUAAAACAUUGGAAGAUGGUAGCGAUGAAUUUAAUUCAAAUGAAAGGAAGCGAACAGGUGUAUAUUACUCGGAACUUGAUAAAAGUGCACUUGUGACAUUGAAAUAUAUUAGUUUAUCAUUGCUAAUGAGUGAUUUAAAAAAAUUCAACGAUUAUAGUUUUGAUUUUGAGAAGCUCAGACAGCAGAUUAGCAGAGAAGUUCGACCAUCUCAAAAUGGAAACUUUUGGAAUAAAAUGUGGAAUAUAGUAAAUAAGGAUGGAAAAAAAUCAGCACCCAGAAAGGUUUUUGGUACAAAUUUGGAUGAUUUAAGUUUGUAUUGCGGGGUUGACUCGGAAUUAGGUGUUGGUCCUUCCAAAAUCCGCGUGCCUGUGUUAGUAGAUGAACUAAUAUCUUCAUUAAAACAACUCGACAUGAGUGUUGAAGGUAUAUUUAGAAAAAAUGGUAACAUCAGGCGUCUACGUGAACUGACUAAUCAAAUUGAUGCAUUCCCAUCUCGAUCAAUUGAUUUUAGUAAAGAAAAUGCAAUUCAACUUUCGGCCCUACUUAAGAAGUUUUUGAGAGAACUUCCUGAUCCUCUAUUGACAUCUGAUCUGUACCUAUUAUGGAUAAGUUCUGCAAAAAUAAGUGCUACAGUAAGAAAACAAAAGUUGUUCUCUUUGAUAUUUGCUCUACUUCCCUUGUACAAUAGAAAUGUAUUAGAGGUUUUGCUUUCUUUUCUAAAUUGGACAUCCUCCUUUUCUUAUAUUGAAAACGAAAUGGGAUCAAAAAUGGAUAUUCAUAAUUUAUCUACUGUCAUUGCCCCAAAUAUAUUGAGUUCGGGACUGGAAACACCCCAUAAUGUUGAAAUGAAGUCACUUGAAGUGCCAGCAGAUACGUUUGCACAAAACAAUGGUGAGAAUCAUUUUUUGGCUAUUGAAGUUAUUGAUUUCCUAAUUACGCACAGUGAGGAUAUCUGUAUGGUACCAACAUUCUUAAUGAAACUGUUAGAAGAAACUAAAAAUUUGAAGUUGUCUACAUUUGAGGAUAUUAAUGCGUAUGUAUUGGAAAGCUUGCUUCAUAACAAGAUUGACUAUUCAGAGUUUGAAAUUAGAAAAUCUCCUAUAGUCAAAAAUGCGGUAACUAAAAUUACUAGGUCGUCGGUUUUGGAAGUAAAGGGUGCUAUCGAGAUUUCACAAUAA